AAGAGACCGGGCUUAAAUACACAGGUAGAGAAGAAAAGAACUCACUGUACACUGAGAAGUUUUCCUUCUGUGUCUGUGUGACAGAGAGAAACCCUCGAGACUGCCGAGAGGUCUCACCCCAGUGACUUGUUCUAUAAAGUCAAGCAGUGUUUUACUGAUUUAUGAGGAUUUAGCGUGAUGCAGUGCAGGCGCGCGCACAGGAGUGUCAUUCACUGGCUCGUGAUGCUCGCGGUGCUUCAGUGCGGGGCCCGCGGCGCGCGGAGGUUUCGUGGAGGUCGGAACCCGCAACCGCGACGGACCCCGCCGUCCACACCUCAGCGGGAGCGAGCAGAGACCACCGAGAGCUUCUCGCUGGACUUCACGGCUGUGGAGGAGAACAUGGACAGUUUCAUGAGUCAGGUGAAGAACCUCGCGCAGUCCCUGUACCCGUGCUCGAGCCAGAAACUCGAGCACGACAUGAAGCUUCAUUACCUGGAAAACACAUCCGUCACGUGUAACGAUGGCUCACCGGCCGGGUACUAUCUAAAGGAGUCCAAAGGAAGCAAAAGAUGGUUGAUAUUUUUGGAGGGUGGCUGGUACUGUUUUAACAAAGAGAACUGUGACAGCCGAUAUGAAACCAUGAGGAGGCUAAUGAGCUCAUCCAAAUGGCCACAAACCAAGACAGGCACAGGUAUUCUGUCUUCACUUCCAGAGGAAAACCCACACUGGUGGAACGCAAACAUGGUGUUUAUCCCAUAUUGCUCUAGUGAUGUCUGGAGUGGAGCUGCACCAAAAACUAAUCAAAAUGACUAUGCGUUCAUGGGCUCACUCAUCAUAAAGGAGGUGGUGAAGGAUCUGCUGAACAAAGGUCUGGACAAUGCCAAGAUACUGCUCUUAGCUGGUAGCAGUGCGGGCGGCACCGGGGUGUUGCUGAAUGUGGACCCGGUUUCUGAGCUCCUGGAGGAGUUGGGUCACACAAAUAUCCAGGUGAGGGGUCUGUCCGACUCUGGCUGGUUCCUGGACAACAAGCAGUAUCGCUGUACCGACUGUGUGGAUGCCAUCAACUGUGCCCCCACAGAGGUCAUCAAGAGAGGAAUUAAAUUCUGGGGCGGUGUUGUUCCUGAGCGAUGUCGACAGGCAUAUGAAGGAAAAGAAUGGAAUUGCUUCUUCGGAUAUAAAGUUUACCCCACAAUUAAACGUUCAGUGUUUAUAGUGCAGUGGCUGUUUGAUGAAGCCCAGCUCACGGUGGAUAACAUUCAUCUGACUGGUCAACCCAUCCAAGAGGGACAGUGGCGUUAUAUUCAGAACCUGGGCAUUGAGUUGAGGAGCACGCUAAAGGACGUCCCUGCCAUGUUUGCUCCGGCCUGCCUCUCACAUGAAUUCAUAACAAGAAGUUACUGGACGGACGUUCAGGUUAAAGGCACAUCUUUACCCAGAGCUCUCCACUGUUGGGACCGCAGCCUGCAUGAUAACAGCCGAAACAAGACCCCGCCCAAAGGCUGCCCUGUGCACUUGAUUGACAGCUGUCCAUGGCCUCACUGCAAUCCAACAUGCCCGACGAUCCGAGACCAGUCGACGGGCCAGGAGAUGAACGUCAUCCAGUUCCUCAUGCACAUGGGCUUUGACGUUCAGAAGAUGGCCCACCAACAGGGCAUGGACCCGAGUAAGCUACUGGGCAUGCUCAGCAGGGGCAGCUAAACGGCCUGGAGAAGCUCACGCCCUCCAGAUACUUUCAUUAGUUCUCGAUUUAAGGGCCUCCAUCCCAUUCAGAUAAUUAGAAUUGAACAGCUUGGAUUUGGGACGGGGCUUGAUUUAGUUCUGAUUCACCUCAGUUAAACCCACAGGCUGCUGACUGUUUAGCUACACACCACACCGUACGCCUGAAGGUACACCUGCCUCUUUGCUCUUAAUUUAUCUUUUGGUUCUAAAAGUAUCACAGAUGUAAUCCAGUUUUACGGAUCCUCAGUAUUAUUGUGUUAAUUUUUAUAUAUAUUUAGCUACAGUUUAUUAGACUUUUAUAUGUCUACUUGGAAACAUAGAGAGAGAGAGAGAGAGUGGAUGAUAAACCAGACGUAGAGCAAGGGUGUCGAACUCAGUUCCUGGAGAGUCACUUUCCUGCUGAGUUUAGCUCUAACACCUGAUUCAGCUAAUCAAAGAGUGCUUUUCCACCAUCGCGCUGAAUCGCUAUCGUUGCUCAAUCGUCCCACUCUGUGUCGAUCCGGGCCAGCCGGUAAUGCUUUCAGUUUCCACUGCGGUGCUGAUAACGGAACUCUUUAGAAUGUAAAUACAAAAAUGCAUCCCUUUCUCGGCGUCUACUCUGUGCAGCAACCGGUCCGGCAGAGUUAGCAGCGCAUUCAACUGACUGAACCGCAGCAGACUUGUGAAUCAAUGAUUACACUGCUACUGACUGUCUGGGCAUAUGAACAUCAACCUAGUUCGUCUGUGAAUAUGCGCAUUUGUUGCAUAGACAGACGUUUGUGAUGCAUGCUAUAUAAAAUAAUAUUCACUGUUGUAUAACAGUUUAUUGCAUUUAUAAUUCAUAAUUCAUAUUAGCAAUUCGGGUGAAAUGACUACAGGUUACAUUAAAUUACUAUUUCAGAAACCAAAAAAUAUGUAAAUGAGAUGUGUUUUUUGAGCAUUUAGUUUGAUAAAAGUGCAGUACUGUAUGUAACAGUUCAGAGAGUAAACGAAAGUACGCUACAACUUGAGUCAUGGAUAUGUUAUUUAGCAUAUGUAAAGUUGAAUUAUUAUAUAAAAUUAUAAGCAUGUUUGUUAAAACAAGUUUUGUAAUGAAAAUUAUUCCGGACAUUAUGACGUUGAUGAGAAUUCAGAUUUGGACCUUUGAUUGUAAACUUUGAGAACAAGCUAUGACUUGGAAAACUUUUAGUUUCUCUUGGUAUCCCCCACCUUCAUGUGUUAACCAGCUACGUUAACUUUAUUUGCUUCUUCAAUAACGUGCUAUUUUGACUACAGAGAGAAUCUGCUAUCUAGGCAACUGAACAGUGACCAAUGCUGAGUGCCGACAUCACUACAUGCAUUCUAUUAGCACGAUUGAAAAUCUCGGGUCGAGAACGGUUUGUAAUGGUGCCUUGCCGAGCCAGGCUCACAAAGAAACAUAACCGUAACUGACAAGUGCUUAGAACGCUUGGGUGUGAUGGUGGAAAAGCACUUUGUGUUCAGGAUUACUGGAAAAUUCCAGGCAGGUGUGUUGGGGCAGGUUGGAGCUAAACUUGGCAGGACACUGGCCCUCCAGGAACUGAGUUUAUGAAGUGCAUGUGGAUAUUAAACUAUAUAUGAACAAGAUUGUUUAGGACCAGACAAAAACGUGUGUAUAUGUGUGUGUGUGCGUGUGCGUUCAUGUUUGUAUAUCCCGGUGGGGACCUAAACCUGAAUGCACACCAAUUCAACGGGGACUCGUGUCACUGUGGGGACCAAAAUUGAGGUAAGCAAAUAUAAGCAAAAAGGCUUAUAAAUUGUACAGAACAAUAUUUUUUUUAAUCUAAAAAUGCAAAAAGUUUUCUAUGAUCUUUAGGUUUAGGGGUUGGGUUAGGGGUAGGGGAUAGCAUAUACAGUUUGUACAGUGUACAACUCAUUACGCCUAUGGACUGUCCCCACGGAGAUAAUAAACCAGUGUGUGCAUGCGUGCGUGUGUGUGUGUAAAGCACUGGAUCAGUUUCUCUACACACGAUACACUUUUUGGGGUAUGGAUUUUACUCCUGAAAGAUGUCACCACAGUGAAGCUAUUUAAAGGAAUAUUGCAAGCAAAAAUGACCUGAUCUCAUCUGUUCAGACCUGGUCGUCACAUGCCCAGUUUCAGUAUGAGACACUAAAAAAGAGAAAAACAUCUUAUAAUAUGUAUGUAAGGGAUAAUGUACAGACAGCCAGUUAUCGCAGAUAUCGCGGAGGGUCUUGUGCAUACCGGUCAACAAUCCCGUUUUUCAAAGGAGUCUCCUGUUUUUGACAUCCAUCUCCUGCCACCCUCCCGCUUUGUUGUUUCUCCUGUGAAACUCCCGUAUUUCAGUUAAUUCUCCUUUGAAACUCCCGGACUGACGGGAACCGGAACGCGUUCACAGGGUGGCUCUGUGGCUUGAGCUUGGUAGGCGAAAUAGAACGGUAGCCGAAGUGGAGUAGUGAGGAUUCACAUCCCCGCGAAAAACGUUCUCUUAUUACACCGCUAAAGGUAUAUUCCAUUCCGCAUUUUCCAUUUAACGCUCGCUCCUCACAGUCUGUGUCCGCUCACUGAAGACGACAGAUGGUUUCAUCAACAGGUAAAUGCAGAAGAGUCUACUAGCUGUUGUUGUUGUUACACUUUCUUUGCUUUUACAAAAAACGUGUUAUGAAAAGUGCUAAUAUAGAUUUCUAAUAUUUCCUGUUCUGUGACCAUAAGCGGUUCUUGGAUAGAUUUAACAGUGUUUGCAUAUUAUUUACAUGUAAAUAAAAAAAAAAGUUUUGCUAACUAAACAAAGUUAAAACAGGGACAAACUGCACGUGCUUUUUCAAACCGUGUUUAGAUGCAAGUUAUUUCAUGGCUGACGUUGAGAUCUCUGGCAAAAUGUAAAUGCUAAAUUAAGAUGAUACCUUGCAGAUAUACCAUUCAUGGAUUCAUGGCCCUGUGAGCUGCAUUAUACAGUCUCUUACAUAUAUCCUACAUUUAAGAAUUUGACAUGAAAAGUAUGCUAUGUUAGAUAUAAAGUAGUUAAAAGAUUUAAAACCAUUUAUAACAGAGGGGCCCUAUUUGCCCUGCACAACCAACCAGUAACUGUAAAUAACUGGUCAUAAAAUGUGAAUUUGAAAUAUUUUAUUAGCUCAUUUUUACAGAAUGCAGACCUUCCGUGAGGAAACGCCAUUUACUUUCGGUUUUAAGGUAAGAAACGAUGUUAAAAUGUCACGACCAGGCAAUUUGGUUUAAUCAUUUGUAAAUAUAUGUCAUAUAUGUUAUUAAAAGACAUUUGUUUUUAAGAUUUAUUUAUUUUUUGUCAAAAAAACUGUCAAAAUGAUAUACUGCAUCCGGGUUACCGUGUGGUUAUCAGGGAAUAACGAACCUGCAAAUGUUGCGACUGGCCAAUCAGAAUCAAGCAUUCCAACGAGCCGUGUCAUAAGGCAGAAUAACCCCUGACAGGGUGAUCAGGUAAAGCGAAGGGUCUUCUGUGACACUGAAGGGGUUUGUUUUGUGAUAACAACCGGCUGUUUGUAUAUCUCUCAUGUGAAAAUGAUCGGUCAUGAAAUAUUGAUUUGAAAUGUUUUAUUAGCUCAUUUGUAACCAAUGCUUAUGAAGUAGUCACCAACCAAUCAGAAUCUAGUAUUCUAGAGCAAAGUCUAAUAUAUAUAUAUAUAUCGUAUAAGCUGUUCAUUAUUAUAUUUAGAUUUAAAAUAUGCAUUUUUAUUAGUAUUAUAAUAAUAUUACUUUCUUUUUGUUCUAUGCAAGGAUCGUUUUUUUGUUGUUGUUGUUUUAAAAGACUAAAUUGAGUACACGAUGACAAGAUGUAAAUGUUCAUUUUUGGGUGACCUGUUCCUUUAAGGUUCCAUAAAUCCUGGAUUAAAAAUCAAAUUGCAUUCUCUCAGUCACGUUACAGACGCUCAUGUGCCUGAUGUUAUAUAGGUCAGUGUCAUUCACACAUUAGUCACACUUUCUUUCGACUGUGUCCAAAUGUUUGAGGGAUUUGGCGUGUGUCUGACAUCUUCAGCUGUCCGUCUGAUCAAUGUAACAAUGAGUGUCACUGAUCUCUUCGGUCUCUGUAGACAUAAGCUGCCUUCUCUGAAACUUUCUGUAGACUGUUAAAGUAUUUCAUAGUUUAUUAUAGAGUUUCUAUAGUGGUAAGUGAAAAAAAACCCUCACAAAAUAAGUAAUAAUAAAUCCACCACCACAAAAAAAGAAACCAAUAGUUUCACUAAUGAAUCUUGUGUUGUGUAACAUAUUUUUACCAGAAAACUCUGAAGUCUGCAUUGCUAAGGUUUUAUUUGAUGGCAAUUAUAUUUAUAAUGCUAUUUUAAGAUGUGAUUCUUUGUCAAUUGUAAAUAAUUGAGUUUUUAUUUCUUGUGUUGACUGCAUUUCUUGUAUGUGUGCCUCACUGUGUGUUCCCACCAGACGCGAAUGAAGCGUUAACCCGGCUAACAGGGAACAUUCGCACAACUUUCGCUAACGUUCUUUAAAAGUUGUCUAAAAGUUAGAACAAAACGUUCUUCAAAUAACGUUUAUGGAACAUUCUGAUAACGUUAUAUUUAGUUAAUAUACGUUCUCAAAACGAUGAGAGAAAAUGUUCUUAGAACAAUGUUCUCGGAACGUCCUUUUGACGUUAUUCAUACUUGAUGAAUGUUCUCAUAAUGAUGAGAGAAAUCGUUCUUUUUAUUCUUCUUUUGUGGGCAUUUCAAUUAAUUCAGGUGCAUUCCCCUCCCAGAUAGUAAACUGACAUUGAUAAAUGUCGAUUUCUGGUUAUAAAUGUCAUUAUCGGGCGUCAAUCAGAUUUCCAUGUCGAAUCAACGUUCACAAUUUGGUAAGUACAUCAGUAGGUUUUCGUCAAGAAUAAAAUAUAGAUUCAACAUCGAAAUGGUGUUAUCAACACCACGCAUCAGGUCGGAAUCAUAACCUAAUUUGGAAACUUGGUGGGAGGAGUCGGAGUUCUGCUCGCUCGUGACGUCAACACACUCGUGCGUGCACACAACUUUGCGCGGCCAACUUUCGCCAGAGUACAUCUGAGGUGAGCAAAUGUUUUGAUUUUACAUAGUUUUUUAUACUGAAAUAUAAUAUAUUUUAUGAAUAUUUUGUUAUCGUAGUUUUGUUAUAUUGUGUAGGUUUGAAACGUUUUUGCGUCAUAAUCUUGUAAUUUAUUGUCGCGUUAGCACAAGGCCUCGUGAGCCGGUGUUGUGUAAUAUUCAGUUUCCGUGAAAAACUGUUGCAGUGGGCGGGGUUAUUGUGAAUAUUCAUAGUUCGUUCCGUGGUGGGCGUGGCCGUUUGAACUGAGCGCAAGCGACUGGAAAGGAAUGUCCUGUCUGCUUUCCAUAGUUUGGUGAAUUAUUUCGUUAAGGUAAUAAAGGCGAAUUCUCAUAUGCCCCAUUUAGAUGUACAACUGUUUAUGUUAUUCACAUAAUAGGCUAAAAUGUUUAUUGUUUUGCAUGUGCUUUUAUAAAAACUUGGCUCAUGUUCCUCACAGGGUUGUGGAGUGUCUGCGCUGAAUCCUCCUUCUUGUAGUAUUUUCUCGAGGCUAGACCACACCUGUUCUCUCUCUCCUCUUGAUAGGCACUUCAAGUCCUUAAAACGUGGGUCAAGUGCUGAAGCAAGUUUUAGCCAUUCACCAUUCAUGUCAUCUUGCCGUUCGGCAAGAUCUUUGCUGAAGGCAGUCUUGAACCUUGCCACAUAGGCUGGAUCCUCAUCAGAGACCCUCAUUACAUGGUGAAGGUGGCAGAAUGCAGGAAGCACUACAGAGCAGGAGACAUAAGCCUCACCCACAAGGAGUUCAAUGACAUACCUGAAGUAGAACAUAAAUAAGAACCAUAAAUAAAGUUCAGUGCAUUUAGUUUAGGCAAAAGAAGUUUAUUUAUUUAGCAUCAAUUAUAAAGGGUGAUUUACUGUAAAAUCCUUUACAUUUUUAUUCCAUUUGUUCAUUUUAUGAAGCUUUUUUUUAUUCUUAAAAAUCCUUUAGGUUUGUAUUUCUCAGUAAGAGCAUUUAGGCAUGAAAUUCAAUUUCAUAGUCUAUGACAACAAACAAUAACAAUAAUAAUAAUAACAUGGUGCUAAUGUAACGUAACUUACUUGCAUGGUUCAAGAAGGUUCUGUAACUUGGGCAGUUUGUCCCACUCAGAUGCAGUCAGCAUGACUAACUUGUGUUUCUGUUGGGCCAGAGUAGUCUUAACAGCCUCUUCAUUCCGUAAGAGACGGGUGAUCAUAUCGAGUGACGAGUUCCACCUCGUUGAAACGUCUUGUAUCAGUUGAUCUCUCUGUUGUCCCUGUGCAAUUUGUUGUAGAUGAAGUUCUUCUGUAUUAGCAGGGAUGUGCUUAAAAUGUCCAACAAUUUUGCGACACUUGGUCAAUGUGUCAGCGAAUCCACUGUCAGAGAGGCAAACAGUGAUGGCCCUCUGAACUAUAUGGGCAGCGCACGGCAUGUGAUGGAAGGGGAGCUUUCUUGCAGCUGCGACCAUGUUGCGUGCGCUGUCAGUUCCGACGGUGGUCACCUUUUCUCGGAUGCCCCAGUCGUCAGCCACUGUUAGAAACUGUUCGGCACAUGCAUCAGAAUAGUGCCGUGUGACUGACUUUAGUACAGUUAACGCGAAGGACUUAAGUUUCCAGUCACAAUCGAUGACGUGCGCAGUAACUCCUAGAUAGUUGUGUGUCAUGGUUCUGUCCCACCUUGUCUUGCUUUUCUUGACCUAGUGGCAGAACCAUGAUAGAACCUCUUGUUUUAUGUGGAGAGAGUCAGUUUUGGCAUUCCAUAUACUCCCUCUCUCCGGUGUGGCGUCUCUGUUCCCGCCCUUUCGUCUCCUCGUUAUUGUUUGUUAAUUAGUUCAUGUCCUGCACCUGUCCCCUCUUGAUUUAUCCCCUUUAUAAUGCCCUUGUGUCUUCUGUCUCGUGCUGGUUCAUUGUACUGUCGUGUGUGUGUCAUAUGUGGUGAGUUCCUGUCUUGUCAGUGUAGUUUAGUUAUUUUGUAUUUAAUUCAAGUGUUGUCUUAGUCUGGUUAGGUGUAGUUAGUCCUUGGUGUCAUGUUUUAUAACCUUGUGUUUUGUUAUGUUACCCCCCAGUGGGUGUUUGUUUUGUAUUUAUAUUUUAUUAAAUGUCUUGUUAACCCCUUACCCGCUGUCUGCACCUGGGUCCUCUGUCCUUGUCCUCACCACCCACGUUCAUGACAGAAUGAACCAGCCAUUUUGGACCCAGCAGACAGAGGGAUCUCAGCGGGAGGGGUCGAUGCCGCCAGACUCCCUUCCAGGGUUGAAUCCGCCGGACUCCCUUGGAGGGUAGAGGCCGCCGGGCUCCAGUCCAGAGUCGGGACCGCCGGACUCCCUUCCGGGGUCGAGACUGCCGGAACCCCGUCCAGGAUCGAGACCGCCGGGCUCCCUUCCAGGGUUGAGGUCGUCGGAUUCCCCUCCAGGGUUGAGGCCGCCGGUGUCCUGUUCCUGCUGCAGAUCCCUGCCGGCCUCCCAGCUGGUGCCCAGGCCUGUCGAGUUGACUGUUUGUGUGUGUUUGUUCUUGUUUGCUGCCCAGCUGCCAGAGCGCUGCCCAGCCGUCGGAGAUGCUGCCCAGCUGCCAGAGAGCGCUGCCCAGCCGCCGACAUCCUGUCCUGUCAUGUCGACAUCCAGGCCUGCCCAGUCGGUGAUAGCUGGUCUCCCAGUCGGCCAUCCAGCCGGCGCCGUGUCCUGUCGAGCCGGCCAUCCAGCCGGCGCCAUGUCCUGUCCAGCCGGCCGUCCAGCCGGCGCCAUGUACUGUCCAGCCGGCCAUCCAGCCGGCUCCAUGUACUGUCUAGCCGGGCUUCCAGCCGGCACCAUGUCUUUGUUUGGACUUUUUUUUCUAUGUAUCACGUUUUUGGUCGUGUUUGUAUAGUUAUGUUUUUUAUCACAGUCUGUGUAGUCUUGUUUGUUCCUUGAGGAGCAUCAGGAUGCUGCUCCUUAAGGAGGGGCUUCUGUCAUGGUUCUGUCCCACCUUGUCUUGCUUUUCUUGACCUAGUGGCAGAACCAUGAUAGAACCUCUUGUUUUGUAUUUAUAUUUUAUUAAAUGUCUUGUUAACCCCUUACCCGCUGUCUGCACCUGGGUCCUCUGUCCUUGUCCUCACCACCCACGUUCAUGACAGUUGUGAUUACUGAUCGACGUCCAGUGAUCUCCGGUUAGGGCCACGUGUUUAGUUUGAGCUAAUGUGUCCCGUUUUGAUUUUUUUUCUGUGUCAUACAGUUGAUUUAUUCUGGAAAGUACAGUACCUCUUGACGGUGGUGUGUAGGUUGUAUCGGAGGACGCGAUUCGAAAUGCAUCCAUAAGCCCCCUAUCUUCCACAACAUUAAUAGGCCUACAGUCCAUUGCAAUCCAUUUAGAUAUUGCAUUUGUUAAUGACUGUGAUGUAGACUUACUUAAUUUGUGGCGACUCGUCUCAGUCAGCGUGGUUUGGCGGAGAUUGCUUACUGUCGCAGCCGGGGGUGAGGUGACUGCCGUGCUCGCUAAAACAUGCUUUGAGUUUAGGUGGUAUUUCAAGCUAGAAAUGCUUCGAUGAUAGGCAAAUUCCUUGCCACAGACAACGCAAAUGACUUUGGUUUUGUCAAUGGCUCCAUUGGGAUCUCUUUUGUACUUAAAAUGGCCAUUCAGCAAGCCAUGCAGUUGUUCUUCCUUUUCGUUUUGCAUCUUGUUCAAUUUGUUACUAGCUUGAUGCAAUUCGAAAAAGUGUACAGGUCUGUAGAGGGGCGGGGCAGGGUAGGGCGCGUUAAUUGCGUUAAAAAUAUUAACUCGUUAUUUUUUUCUGUGAUUAAUCUAAUUAACGCGUUAAAUUCCCAGCCCUAAUAAAAACGCUUUCUCGUGGCCAUGUGGCAAUGUUUUUGCUGUGUAGCUUACGUGGAUGGUACUGAACUACUAAAUCAAAUCGAACACAUUUCACAAGCAAAACUGGGUCCUAGUUGCUGUUGUGUUUUUUCUUUUCAUAACUUAUAUUU